UUUUUUUGGGGAGUAUAAAAGCCCGAUUUUUAAUUAUUUAUUAUUUAUCAACAAAGUUUUUGUCUUUAUUUUGCUCUAUGUCGUAUAUUCUUUGUCCACUUCCUGGUGAAAUGACGUCAAACAAUAAUACUACUCCAUUUAUCAAGGCUGUCAACAAGCUCAAGGAUGCUUCUAUGUUAAUUAAGAGGGGUGUAGCCCUUUUGGACGAAGGAACUGUGGAGCUUGAGAAUGCUUACUAUGCAAUGCUUAAACCCAAGAAUCAAUUAGUUCCAAUUCCUAACGAAAAAGAUAUCAUUUUCUCUGAGGAUGGAACUAUAAUUCAGACAAAAGGCAAGAAUUCCAUUUUUAAUUAA